GAGGGCGAGUCCCGCUGCCGGCCAGCGCCGGGAUCCGUCCUGCGGGCCCGGGACCGUGCGAUCUCCAAGCACUCCGGGUGGGGGGGAGGGCAGAGACUCCGGGAUCGGGCGCUGCCCCCUUCUCCAGUCCCACACCCUGCUUGGAGGUUCCCGGCUCUCUGGCCUCCACGCCCCCCCAUCCCUUCCUGCUUGGGUUCUCGGGGCUCCUGAUAACUUGGGGAUCCCGGAACCCAAACUCCCGGGCAGGCCCGGGCUUGUCGCCGGCACCACUUCCUGCCUCCGACCCUGAUGGGAGGAGCGGCCCUCAUCUCGGAGGCCCCUCGCCCCCGUUCUGAUCAGGGGUCCCCGUGCAUCACCGCGUUCUGUCAGCCUCCCCUCCCGGAAGAGUGUAGGAUGCAGGCCCAGGCUUCCAGCCCCUCCCAGCCUCAGGUGCCUGGACUGCUGGUUGCUCUGCCCAGCAUGGGAGCAGGCCACCCCCAGCCCCAGCAGCGUCCUCCCCCUCCAGGACCCCGGCGUCCAGGCGCCUCCUCCCAUCUUUCUCCUCUAGGGCCCACCAGCUCUGAGCAGAUCAUGAACACAGGUGCCCUCUUACUUCAGGGUUUCAUCCACGACCGGGCGGUCCGAAUGGGGGGUCAGAUCCCUGAGCUGCCCUUGGAGCAGGUGCCCCCGGAUGAGUCCACCAAGAGACUGAGCGAGUGUCUGAAACGCAUCGGGGACGAACUGGACAGUAAUGUGGAACUGCAGAGGAUGAUCGCAGCUGUGGACACGGACUCCCCCCGAGAGGUCUUUUUCCGAGUGGCAGCCGACAUGUUUGCCGAUGGCCACUUCAACUGGGGCCGGAUUGUCGCCCUUUUUUACUUUGCUACCAAACUGGUGCUGAAGGCCUUGUGCACGAAGGUGCCUGAGCUCAUCAGAACCAUUAUGGGAUGGACGUUGGACUUCCUCCGAGAGCGGCUGCUGGGCUGGAUCCAAGAGCAGGGGGGCUGGGAUGGCCUGCUCUCCUAUUUCGGGACCCCGACGUGGCAGACGCUGGCCAUCCUGGGGGCUGCGGUGCUCACUGCCUCACUUACCAUCUGGAAGAAGAUGGGCUGAGGCCCCCCACGGCCUUGGACUGUGUCUUUUCUGCAUAAAUUAUGGUGUUUUCCUGGGAGGAGUGGGGGGGGGUUGGGGACGUGGGCAGUUUUCUUACUUUUGUAAUUAUUGGGGGGGGACUAUGGGUGGGGAGGGUGGUCCAGGAGGGAACAAUAAAACUCCUUUGGGCCACA